AUGCCUACAUCGACCUCCAUUGAUCCGGCCGGGGUCGAGUUGAAGGAAGCAGAUAACCCCGAUAGAGACCUCAAGGAGGUUGAAAGCCAUAUCGAGGAUGUCACGGAAUCCGUAAAGCAACAACCUGUCCAUGGCACUUAUGUCUCACCGGAGCAAAUCCAGGCGCGAUUCGACCUGCUGCGCGAUCUCAGCCCCGAGCAGAUGGACGCUCUUAACAAGAAGGUCCUGAAAAGGAUCGACUGGCAUAUGAUGCCCUGCGUGACUCUCAUGUUUCUGAUGAAUUACCUGGACCGCAUCAAUGUCUCUAAUGCCCGUCUGGCCGGUCUCCAAGAAGACCUCCACAUGAGCGAUACAGUGUGGAACGCCGGUAUCUCGACCUUCUAUGUGGGAUAUCUGGUCGGUCAACUCCCUGGAAAUCUUCUCAUGGCCAAGUCCAACCCGCGCUGGUUCCUUCUGACUAUGAUGUUCAUGUGGAGCGCUGGGACGAUCUGCAUGCCUGCGAUGACCAAUGGUGCGGGAUUCUGCGUUGUUAGGUUUUUCAUCGGUCUGGCAGAAGCACCUUUCUUUCCGGCCCUUACUUUGUUGACUUCGUCAUGGUACACGAAAGAAGAGUCGCCUAUGCGCAUGGCGAUAUGGCACGCCGGCAAUACCAUCUCCAACAUCAUGUCCGGUUUCCUUGCGGCCGGUAUCCUCGAGAACAUGGACGGCAUUGCCAAUUUGCACGCCUGGCAAUGGUUCUUCCUGAUCGAAGGCAUAGCGUCUAUCCUUGUUGCCGUGGGCUCUUUCAUCUUCUUACCCGCUUGGCCUCAUAACACUCGCUUCCUGUCCGAUGAGGAACGCGAAAUGGCGCAGUACCGUGUGCUUCUGUCUAACGGUGGCAUCGAUGAGACCGUUGGAGGCACAUGGGACGGACUCAGAGAUGCAGUGAAAGAUCCCUUCACAUGGUUCUUCUGCCUCAUGCACUUUGCUCUCGUCACUGCGCAGAGCUUCAAGGACUUCUUGCCGUCGCACCGCCAUACGCCAUCGCCUACAUCUUCGCCUGCGUUGUAG